GUAUUUUUCGAUUUUUCUGCAGGAAUCGCCAUCUUUCGAGGAUUUUUUUUGACCCCCCGAGGACUUUGAAAUUUUGUGAAAGAGCAAAUGAAUCUACCACAUAACAAUGAUAAGUAGCAACUCGUCGUCGACAAGUCUUAAUGUGGAGACGGAUUAUCCAACAAAUGGCAAGAAACCACUGAAAGAAGGAUCUGUGCAACUGACAUCUCUAUCCACAUUACUUUCACACCAUCGAUAUUUCUUUCUGUACCAUGAGACCUUGAUAAUUUCGAAACAAAAGGGCGCCUGUUCUUACAAACUCAAGGAGAAACUCCGAUUGGAAAAGGUUUGGAUUGCCUCAUCGAACACCGCGGACUCAUUCCUUAUUGGAUGGCCAUUUACCAACUAUUUGGUGCAUUUCAGAAACACUGAAGAAAAGGACGAGUGGUUUGAGCUGUUAUCAUGUUGUGUUCAACAAUGCCUCCGGCCACUUUUCACAACGAUUUCUAUGGAAAUUAAUGUUCGGGGAAGGAAGCAGACAAUCCGCCGGCGAGUUGACAAUGGUAAAAAGUCGGGGGAAAUCGUUGUGGAUACGGCUGGAGAUUUGGGUUUACCGCAUACUUCAUAUCAAUUGACUUUGUCUUUUGGAGACAACUCUCACCGACAGCUCCAAGGACCGGAAAACGUGUACGUUGCAAUUAUGAGUGAAAUCGAAAGGCAGGGUACAAGACUAUCAGAAAGCCAGAAACAGGCUCUUGACACGUGCCCGAUUGCAAAUUGUCGACUGAUACUGUCAACGAUCAAAUCGACGUCUGGACCUUCUGCCAAGCAACUUGUGAAUAGCAUUAAGAAGAAAGUGCUAACCAGAACGGAUUCCCGAUCGAUAUUCGGCAAAGGAUUAAAUGGUCCAACUCCACCACAACCCAUCAUGACAAUUGUUGAUCACCUCCGAAUGGAUGGUUUUGAUGCUGAGGGAAUCUUCAGAAAGUCCCCGAAACAGAGCACAUUCAAAGAGCUCAAAUGUGAGCUAGACAAAGGUGUGGUUCCAGACUUCCAUAAGUACAACACACAUGUCUUGGCGUCAAUUCUCAAGGAAUAUUUGAGAAGUAUUCCUGGAAAGAUUCUGUUAUCCGGAAAUUAUGAGCUAUGGAUGAGAGAGAUCGCUGACGAGCCGAACACUGAGAAAAAAGUCUCAUGCUGCAGAGCUCUGCUAUCUCAUCUUCCAACAUCUCAUAGCAUCCUGCUAGCCAAUGUGUUAAAGCUUCUGAACAAGAUCUCAAAUUCUCCAAGCUCCAAAAUGAAUGCUUCAUCCUUAUCAGUAUGCCUUGCUCCGAGCUUUCUAGAGAGCCCAGAUCCAAUGGAAGGAGGGAAGAAGAUCCCACCGUUGAUAGAGUUCUUAAUCUCCCACGCAGCUCAAGUGAUGCCCGGCUUCUCCACAGACAAUGUAUUUGCCAUCAUGACCUCCCCAAUGGUAGAUCACAAUGCGAAUAUGGUGUGCUCACCGGCGCCAAGUUCUUCUCAUUCUGAUGAUGGAGGAUCUUCACAGAAAACGCCGAUUAUUGAGGAAUUGAAUGACGCCGACGACGCAACCUCCCAAUCCUCCCUCGCCGAAUCUGAUCUCCCAGACGAGCCACGUGGCACGUCUGCCCACCUCGAGACGAUAUCUGAAAUAUCCGAACCUCCGACGAACGACGAACGACUAGUCUUCUCGUCUUCCGAAGAUGAAGAUGAUGACGAUGAAGAUGAGCUGAGAGUAUAUCGACCCAAGAGUUCAACAUCCACAUCGUCAUGCUUCGCGAGGACUUCUUUCGUGUCGGAGACUCUGAAGACAUCGGCAGAUGACGGGGAUAAGGGAUUGAACAAGGAGACGCCGAGGUCGCCGUGCUUGAAACGGAUUCAUUUCCAGAGGACAGAGGCUCAGCAUAGAAACAAAGAAGGCAAUAUAAAACUCGACUUUGAAGCUCUCAAAUUCCAUCGUCCUAGUGUCCGAAAAAGCUCAUUGGAAGAAGUGGCGAGGAAAAAUUCCGCGGAAUUUUUCCACCACAGUCGAGAGCCAAGUGAUGCAGCAGUUACACCGACUCCGCCAAAAAAUGGUUCAACAAUGAGAAAAGAGUCAAGAGAAGAAGCAACACAGACUGCCGACUGUGGUCUACCACAUAUCUCAUCCAAUGAUGACUCGGACUCUAGAUUCCCAGCGUUCAAGAGUAGUAGUGUUGCUAUGUUGACUGAGCCGUACAAAUCGUCAUCCUCCUCUUCAUCCUCCACAUCAUCCAUCCCAUCAGACCCCGCACCUCGUCCAUAUUUUCUGAAAGAAGAAUACACGUCUCUAGCCAAUAAACCAACUGUCCAAGUGGCUCCAUUCUCCCAGGAGCCGAGCCUGAAAACAAUUAACGACCGCUUGAAUGCCCUCCGACAAAACUCAAUUCUUGCUCAAGAAGUCCCACAGGAGCCGGUGAUGACGUCAUCAAGGUUGAGAAGUGAGGCGACGAAGAGCUUGACGAAUAGUCCGAUUAUGCCGAGAAGUUAUGGUGGAAGUCUAAUGCAGAAGGAUCGGGAAGAGCACAGUUUUGUUGCAGACGAUUUCUACAAAGCGUCGAGUAGAAAACCAGAACUGCAGCGAUCGUCGUCACAGCGGGGACUGACGAGCAUGAAUAAUAACAAUAAUAGUACAAAACAGAUUUAUGGCGCCCGACCCUCAUCUCUAAAAACGCCUCGACGAUUCGCAGGAGCCGGCGGAGUAGAAGCCUGUGUUGGAAUGGAUCCAUUGGAGAUUAAUUGGAGUGUCAGCCAACUGAAAACUCUUUUUCAAGACACAAAAGCCCCCUCAAUCGAUACAACUUAUAAUAUGAAUUAGAUUUUCUGAAUUUUUAAUCCAAAAUUUUAAUGUAAAUGUGCUCUAUCUCAUCCUCCAAUCAUUCCAGUUCUUUCAGUUUCAAAUUAAACAACUUUUUUUUUGAAAAAAAAUUAUUCUGUGAUCCCCCAUUUUUUCAGUAUCAAUUGGUCCUUAAUAUUUGAAUGAAAUAUAUCGAUUUUUA